AUGGCACCGUCACCUAACACCGCCCCCUCAACCAUCCCCUUCGCCGAGCCCUCCUACCUUCACCUCCCCUCCCCCUACUUCAAACCCACCCACCUCGCCUUCCAACAACGCUGCCGCGCCUGGAUGGAGGAACACUUCCUCCCCCACGUCCUCGAAUGGGAGAACCUAGAAACCGUCCCGGAGUACGUCUUCGACCUCUACAACAAACACAACAUGCUCCUCCCCAACCUCAAAUCCCCUCUCCCGGUCAAAUGGCUGCACAAACUCGGCCUCAACGACAUCUUGGGCGUGCCCGUGGAGGAGUGGGACUACCUGCACACGGCGAUCUGGGUCGACGAGCGCUCCCGUGCGGGCAUCUCGGGCCCGAGUUCGAGUCUGAGUCCCGGGUUUGCGUAUGGGAUUCCGCCGAUAUUGAGCUUUGGGAGUGAGGCGCUGCAGGAGAAGUUCUUGCCGGAUGCGCUGAGGGGGAGGAAGAGGUUUUGUAUUGCGAUUACGGAGCCGCAUGCCGGGUCGGAUGUGGCGAAUAUUAAGACGACGGCGUUGAAGUCGAAGGAUGGGAGGUUCUAUGUCGUGAAUGGGGAGAAGAAGUGGAUCACGAACGGCAUCUGGAGUGAUUAUGCGACGAUGGCGGUGCGGACUGGUGGGGCUGGGCCGGGUGGUAUCUCAGUUCUUGUUGUCCCGCUCAAAGGGCACGAAGGUGUCAACAUGCGGCGGCUACAAGUCAUGGGCCAGAGAGCUGGUGGGACCACGUACAUCGAGCUGGACGACGUCAAGGUGCCCGUCGAGAACCUCUUGGGCGAAGAGGGCCAAGGCAUGAAGUACAUCAUGCAGAACUUCAACCACGAGAGACUGCUGAUAUCGAUGGGCGUCACGCGCCAGGCUCGCGUCGCGCUGUCCACGGCGGUCGGGUAUGCGAUGAAGAGAGAGGCUUUCGGGAAGACCCUGAUGGACCAGCCCGUCGUGAGACACAGGAUCGCGAAAGCAGCGGCGGAUCUGGAGACGCUGCAGGCGUAUGUGUAUGAGUUUGUCUAUCAGCUGAAUAACAUGAGCAAGGAGGAGGCGGAUGAGAAGCUUGGUGGACCGACUGCGUUGCUCAAGGCGAAGGCUGGGAUGGUGUUUGGGCAGUGCGCGGAGACGGCGGUGUUGAUCUUUGGAGGAAAUGGAUACACGAGAACGGGGCAGGGGGAGUUGGUGGAGAAGUUGUAUCGCGAUACCAUGGGGUCGAGGAUUCCGGGAGGGAGUGAGGAUGUCAUGUUGGAUUUGGCGGUGAGACAGUUGGUGAAGAAUUAUCAGAAGGGGCUGAAGAAGCCUGCUUCGAAGCUGUGA